UUCACACCUUAAAAAUCACUAGUUGCAGCUCUUAGCAGUCGACCCGAAUUAAUUAUAAUGUCUCAAGACAAAGACAGCAGUGCGUUCACUGCGACCCGGCUUACAUCCAACACGUUCCUCAUAAAGGAAUACAACGACAUAUAUUCCGAGCAUCCACAUAUCUACGCUAUCAUCUUUCCAUCAACUUCAAACUUAUCUAACAUAUCCAACACAUCCGAGUCUUCCUCAAAAGUAGGGCACAACAUGGCUGGUACGAUUAUCCUAAUCGACACAGGCUGUGGAGGAGCAUCCAAUGAUCCCGAGGUUCGAGUGACCAAUGUUCGAGAGUUUAUUGAAACUGUGGAUGUACCAGAAAACGGCGGAAGGCCUCUGAAUGGGCUUGAUAACCAAAGUGGAUUGGAAGGAGGAAAGAGGAUGGGAUAUAUCGUUGUUCUAACACAUUGUCAUUAUGAUCAUAUUCGUAACUCCUCCGACUCUCCUAUCCUCGCCUCAUCUCAUUCCCCUGAAUUCCUUUCUGACAUUCCAGAACAUAGUCUCUGCGCUUUUCUCAACAUAAGUACUCCAGAAUACACUCCCACCCUCGUUCCGCACGGACAUACGAUAUCGAACUUGAUACUAUCGAACAAAAUCUCAAGCCAUGUAACGGUCCUCCACACUCCAGGCCACACACCGGAUUCCUUGACGAUCUAUGACUCCACCUCUUGCCCGCCAAUGCUCUACGUCGGUGAUUCGUUGUACGAAUACGAGCCAAUUAUAUUUCCGAAGGAGGGUUCGAUAGUGGAUUGGUUUAGUAGCAUCGAGGCGUUGAUUGGGUUUGUGAGGAUGAAAGAAAGGGAGUUAGUCCUGCUCAAUGCUGGCCAUGUCACCUGCCUUAAGCCGGCUCUAGAAAUUCUUCAAGCUGUGAAAAGGUUCAUGGAAGAUGUUGUUAGCGGGCGAGAGCCGGUGCGAAGGAGGUGGGUGAAGAGAGGGGAGGAGACAGUGGAGUAUCGGCAGUCACGGCAAGAGGGAACUGAGGCUAACACUACACCCGUGGGAGCUUCGAGGUUUUCGUUAAUUUGUCCGGAACGGUUGAUUUUG